AUGUUGAUUUUGCAUGACAUUGGUUCUGACGACCAUAAUAUUCGCUCGUCUCAUAACAUGUGUAAAUGCCCUGAAGUCAGUUCUGAUAUCGAAGGCGUUAAAUUGGUUGUCAUUAUCUUGGAAUCAUCAGUGAAACAACAGGCAAAUACGCUUGUUAGUUUGCAGGAAACCUUGGCGAAAUUAGAAGCAUCAACAACCGAUGCAAAAUCUAUACCGUUGGAUCAACUAAGUAAAUCUCCCAAUAAUACAUCGGCUGAAUGUGUUGUACAAUGUACGAAUUAUAAUAGCCCUAUUGCGUCUGUGAUUACACCUACUUGCUUGUAUUUUUCGGACGAACCUGAGCAGAAUAAUACGGACAAUAUAAUCGAAAAGCAGAAUAAUACGGACAGUAUAGUCGAAACCUUAGUAGGAAAGUAUUUGCCUAGUCAUUCCAAGUCAAAUUUUAAGAGUUGUUCAAAUAAUACACCAAUUUUAAAGAACCCAUGUCAUGAUUUGCACCACAAUCCACAAGGCAUUCAGGAUCAAUUAAAUACUAGCCAAAUAAUUGAGAAGGAAUGUGUGGAGAUUUGUCAAUCUAAUAUUAACAAAAGAUACUUACACUACCAUGGCCAACAUAAUGAAAGUAGUCCCCAUUGUCUAGAUCUCACAGUAAUUAAUCCCAGUAAUAGUGGAAUUAUUACAGAUGAUACAACUCCUAUGAAUAAUUACCAAUCUAUCCCAACCCGCUUCACCCAGCGAAAACCAUCUAGGAAACAUAAUAAACGUAACAAAAAUUCGGGAAAGGAUUUUCGUGCACGUACAAUGUUGAGAGACAAAAUGAACUUUUACCAAUAUUACUAUUAG